UAGACAUGUAGUUGCAUGUAUGUAAUAGUCAUGAGCGCAGAUCUUGCAAUUAUAUCGUCAUAGAAAGAAGAAGUCAAAGAGUAGCACUAGAAUCUCAGAACAUCACGGUUAAAAUGCAAGUUAUUGAACUUCUCUGUGCUGUGUGCGCAUAUUCUUCAAAAGGACAUGAAAUGGCUCUUCAUGCUCUACGGCACUUCAAGGUUACUUGUGAUCAGAAGCAUGGGUUUGACAUAAUAGUGAGUGAACUUCGUAACACAAAAAAUGUUGAAUAUCAGACAAGGCUGCUUUCUUUCAUCAACUGCCUAACACUGGGCUGCCACAAUGUCCACAAGCGUGUGCAGAUCAGGAAUGAAUUACUUGGUCGUGGGCUUGGACCAAUCCUGAGUUCACUAAGUGCAACUAAUGAUAAGGAGCUACAGAUGCAAGUUUCAGCAUUCAUUGAUUACCAACACAGAGAUGAGAUGGAAUUAGAAUCAACAAAACAACUAACUCAUCAUCAGUUGUUUGAAACAAUAUUCGAAAAGAUAGCAGAUACACCACAUGCUGUCAGGUUCCACUCCAUGCUACAAAAGCUUGCACAGCUAGAUCCAACAAAUCCAAAUGUGGACAGUGUGUGGGAAGCACUUGACUCACUUUCAUCUGAAGCUAUAAAACCUGGGUUUUCAAUCCACAAAAAGCCAGCACGCACUCAAAAAUAUCAUGAAAGAAGAGCUGACAGUAUUAACAAAACACAUUCUUUUGAUAUCCUUAAUACAAGCACAGUGUCUACGCAGACCGAGGUGGAAUAUACCAGAGAAGUAAAGCAACUUUGUGAUAAUGAGAAACAGCAUCAGUUGUCACCACCAGAAGCAAAACUGUCAUUCCCAGCACCACCUCCUCUUCCUCCUCCUACACCUUGUCUGCCACUGCCACUUAUUUCAGUGGUGUCAUCAGCUAUGCCAUCAGCUUCAGGGGUGCUAUCACCUUCAUCACUUGCAGGUUACAGUUCUCAACAAAAAAAUUAUGUACCUCCACCUCCUCCAAUUCCCAAUAGUGACAGCUUUGAAACACUGAUGUUACAUAGGAGACAUUCACUUCCAGCAUAUUUACCAGAUUCUGCAAGUUUGUGGACACCAGUAAAGGACAAGUCUAACACACUACCACUGCCCAAGCGGAAGAUGAAAACCCUAAGCUGGACAAAGAUUCCAGUCUCUAUGAUAGGUGAAUCAGUAUGGACUGAAAUGCAGAGCGAAGCAAAGAGUCUUAGAGUUGAUUUCAAGCAAAUGGAAGAACUGUUCUGUCAGAAAACUGCUACUGUCCAACAUCGAAAGUCUUCUCCAGUAACACUUCCAGCACCAAUAACUCCCAAGAUCACUUUACUGGAAACCAAGAGAGAUCUGGCAGUAAACAUUUAUCUAAAACAGUUCAAAUUGGGAGGGAAAGCAGUCAUAGAAGGUAUAAAGAACCUUAAAGGAGGUGAUAUAGGUCCUGAGAAACUGAAAGCUCUCUUGCCACUACUUCCCACAGAAAAAGAGCUGACUUCAGUCAGAUCCUAUUCUGGAGAUCUGGAUCGUUUAGGAGAGGCAGAGAAAUUUUAUCUUCAGCUAUCAGAAGUACCUUCCUUUGUCCUCAGGAUUAGGGCAAUGUUGCUUAAAGAAGAGUUUCCUUUAAGAACAUCUGAACUGAGAGAACAACUAAAUGCCGUUGCAGAUGCAUGCAAUAAGCUGAAGGCUAAUAAACGUUUGAAAGAAUUUCUAGCACUAGUACUUCAACUUGGAAACUACAUAAAUGCUGGAAGCUAUGCGGGCAAUGCAGCAGGCUUUACACUCAGUACACUACCAAAGCUCCUAGAAAUAAAAGCAAACAAACCAAGGCUGACAUUCUUGCACUAUGUGGUAGAAGUUGCAGAAGCUAACAAUAAGGAAAUAUUACAAUUCACAGAAGAUAUGAGUAACAUGAAAGAAAUGGCAAGGAUAUCAGUGGAGCUGCUCCAGGAAGAAGUGAUGAAACUUAUUAGUGAUGUCAAACAUGUUGCAUCACAGCUGAAGGAAGAUACAAGUGGACUCACGGUGCAGUUCAAAGAAUUUGUGCUUGCUAUUGUUAAAAUCUGUUUUGCUCUUCUUUUCACAGAUUUCUUUAAGGCUGCUUUGAAAUGCAGUAAUGAACUUCAGCAGGCUAUGAAUAAGGUGAAGGCUUGUACUCAUGCUUUAGCCAAACAUUUCUGUGAAGAUCCUAAGAAAUUCAAGCCAGAAGAAUGUUUCCAUUUGUUUGCUGAGUUUUUUACCAUAAUUCAGAGAGUUCGACUGGAAAAUGAAGAGAAAAGGAAAUCAGAACAACAGCAAAUUCAAGAGCAGAUGGAAACAAACAAACUAACUGCAAACGGAGGUAGAGGCAGAAAAAAGUUUUUACCACAUCGACAAUAUACUGCAGCUAAACAGAUUUUAAGGGAUAUUUGCAGUAAAAAUUUCAAAUUACGUCGAACUGAAGCUCAGUACUGAAAAUUUAGUGCUAUGAAGUGGAAAUUUGUACUGAAUCAUUGUGAAAUAUGACGUGUGAAUUAAUCUCAUAAGUAUGUAACUGACUUGUUCCUUCAUACCUAG